AUGUCACAAUUGAUUCAAAUUCAAAAGAAAGUUGGCCCCGAAAACUUCCCCCUCAUCGAACAAGCCUACUAUCCUAAUCAUAAGGAAAUGCUGGUUACUCCAAAAUUUCCUGUUGUGGUAAAAAUUGGUCAUGCUCAUUCCGGGAUGGGAAAGGUGAAGAUUGACAACCAUCAUGCAUUUCAAGAUAUUGCGAGUGUUGUUGCAGUCACCAAAGCUUAUGCGACCACUGAACCUUUCAUCGACUGCAAAUAUGAUAUCCAUGUUCAAAAAAUUGGGAACAACUAUAAGGCUUUUAUCCGUAAAUCUAUAUCUGGUAACUGGAAAGCCAACACAGGUUCAGCGAUGUUGGAACAAAUACAAAUGAAUGAAAAGUAUAAAAUGUGGGUCGAUGAGUGCAGUCAACUUUUUGGGGGACUAGAUAUUGUAGCUGUUGAAGCUCUCCAGGGCAAAGACGGACGCGAGUACAUCAUUGAGGUAAAACUGAUCAUUUUUAAAUUCAACUUGAUUGCUCAUUUUUUUUUUUUCAAUCAUUUCACUCCAAUCUGUUCAUAUCUAUCUAUCUAUCCAUCAUGGUAUGUUCAUAUCUAUCUAAAUAUGUUCAUAUCUAUCUAUCUCAGUUUGGUCAUGUCUAUCUAUCUAUCCAUCACGGUAUGUUCAUAUCUAUCUAAAUGUAUUCAUAUCUAUCUAAAUAUGUUCAUAUCUAUCUAUCUAUCCAUCACGGUAUGUUCAUAUCUAUCUAAAUAUGUUCAUAUCUAUCUAUCUCACUUUGUUCAUAUCUAUCUAUCUAUCUAUCCAUCACGGUAUGUUCAUAUCUAUCUAAAUGUGUUCAUAUCUAUCUAUCUCAGUUUGUUCAUAUCUAUCUAUCUAUCCAUCACAGUAUGUUCAUAUCUAUCUAAAUAUGUUCAUAUCUAUCUAUCUCAGUCUAUUCAUUAUAUAUCUAUCUACCUAUUCAUCUCAUUCCAUUCAUAUCUAUCUAAAUCAGCCUGUUCAUUAUGUAUGUAUCUAUUUAUCCAUCACAUUCUGUUCAUAUCUAUUUCAGUCUGUUCAGUACCUAUUUAUCUGUCUAUCUAUCUAUCUAUCUAUCUAUCUAUCUAUCUAUUUAUUUCAGUCUGUUCAUUAUCUAUCUAUCUAUCUAUUUCAGUCUGUUCAUUAUCUAUCUAUCUAUCUAUCUAUCUAUCUCAGUCUGUUCAUUAUCUAUCUAUCUAUUUCAGUCUGUUCAUUAUCUAUCUAUCUAUCUAUCUAUCUAUCUAUCUAUCUAUCUAUCUAUUUCAGUCUGUUCAUUAUCUAUCUAUCUAUCUAUCUAUCUCAGUCUGUUCAUUAUCUAUCUAUCUAUCUGUCUAUUUCAGUCUGUUCAUUAUCUAUCUAUCUAUCUAUUUCAGUCUGUUCAUUAUCUAUCUAUCUAUCUAUCUAUUUCAGUCUGUUCAUUAUCUAUCUAUCUAUCUAUCUAUCUAUCUAUUUCAGUCUGUUCAUUAUCUAUCUAUCUAUCUAUCUAUCUAUCUAUUUCAGUCUGUUCAUUAUCUAUCUAUCUAUCUAUCUAUCUAUUUCAGUCUGUUCAUUAUCUAUCUAUCUAUCUAUCUAUUUAUUUCAGUCUGUUCAUUAUCUAUCUAUCUAUCUAUCUAUUUAUUUAUUUCAGUCUGUUCAUUAUCUAUCUAUUUCAGUCUGUUUAUUAUCUAUCUAUCUAUUUAUUUCAGUCUGUUCAUUAUCUAUCUAUCUAUCUAUCUAUCUAUCUAUCUAUUUAUUUAUUUCAGUCUGUUCAUUAUCUAUCUAUCUAUCCUCUGCUAA